AAGUCACCGUUUACGUUCAACCUCAAUGAAGUGCAUUGGGUCUAUCCUAUUAAAGCCAUAUCUAUAGUCUCCAUCUAUACUUGCAGACUAAAAAAGUAAAGGCCUUAAAAUAUGCACUUUCCUACAUCGAUGAUAGAUGGUUAUUUGUCAGAGAACAUUUCAUUAUCAGUUUGCUAAGGGGAACAUGGUGUAACUUUGUACCCUACUUUGUGAGGAGGUUCUUUUUAUCACAGUGUGCAAGUUUGCGGUCAGAGAUUUUUUGACAUCAGUUGCAAUUUCCGGAGUCAUAUUUAGAAAAACUACAGGAAGGCUCUACAAUGUUAAUUACCACUAUGGUUAUUAUGGUGAGGCUAUUCAAAUUUAGAAAGUUGCAAGCAACAGGCUUUUGAAUUACAAACGAAUGUGUUUAUCUCAACAAUGCCCAUGAACAAAUUAGAAAUAUGCCUACAUUCAUUUGUAAAUGACAUGUUGCGUGGAACACACAUGAUGCAAUGUGUUUGUGCACCUCAAAAUGCAUGAUGGCAAUACAUUUUUCUCUAAACAUUGCUGGACGAUAACAACACUCGGAGCAAAGCCUACAGAAGCCCAACAGCUCUGCACCUUAAUUGUGUCCAAUCAUCAGCCUGAUCAACUUUUACGCACAGUCAGAUUAGGAAGAUUGUCAUCGUUGGUUUGUAGGCUAAUCAGCAGGUUUCUGUGUGCAAUGUUUUAAGAAAUUAAAAAGGACUUCGUUUCACCAGUAGGGACCCAGCCCUAAUGCGUUGUUAUAGUGACUUCACUUCCCAAUUUAGAGUGAGAGAGAGAAAAAAAGCUGCCAUCCGGUUAUGGACUAAGCGAGAAUUGUUGCUGCAAUAGUUUGCGCCAAAGGGUAAAUGCGCUUGUGCAUGGGUUGAUGCGAUUCAGUCAGGCUUUCCAGACUAGUUAUAACGUGUUUAAAUGACUAAAUGAGAAACAACGACUGAGUGACUGCUACAAUGGACUGUACGAUAAAGGAAGCGCUGUCCGUGGUGAGCGAGGACCAGUCCAUUUUCGAGUCGCCCUUCACUGCUGCCACGACCAUGCACAUGAAGGGCGAGAUGACGUCACCGGGAGCCUUCAGCCAGGCCUCCGAAGAGAGCCAAGAACCCACCGAGCCGGAGUGGGCCGGGCCGGGAGCACAUAACCCUGGGAAGAGAGGAGAACACAUCAACGGAACCAGUCGUGAGUCCCCUGUGAAUUGCAGUGUGACCAAACGCUCCCGACACAUGAGCAGCAACGAUGGGGGUCAGCUGGCCUACCAGGCCUCGUACCCCGAGCCCCGCGCCAGCCCCCAGACUGCCACCCCGCCCAACAGCGCCACAGAGGAGAAGAGAGUCAUAGUGCCCGCAGACCCUGAGGUGUGGACCCAAGACCAUGUGCGCCAGUGGCUGGACUGGGCCAUCAAGGAGUACAGCCUGGAGGAGGUGGACAUCAUGCACUUCCACACACUGGAGGGCAAGGCCCUCUGCAAGAUGACCAAAGAGGAUAUGAUGCGCAUCACGUCCGCCUACAACACAGACAUCCUGCUUGGCCACCUCAAUUACCUCCGGCAGAGCAGCCCUACUUUCUCCUACCCCACAACUCCAACCAACAACACACAGCAACAACCCAGACUACAGGUUAAAUCAGAGAACAGCUAUGAAGAGAUAGGCAGAAGGAACAGCUGGUCAUCGAACCCCAUGCCGCCUGCAGUACCCAAAGGUUCUCCCAUUGAGCACCAAAACAGCACCAGACUCACAGAGCCUCCGCCGAGAAUUGUGCAAGACCCAUACCAAGCAUUAGGUCCCAUCAGCAGUCGUCUAGCCAACCCAGAAGGCCAGGCCCUCCACUCCAAGAACCGAACAGGCAAACACAGUUCAUACAGGCUGCCUGACCCCAGCGCUCACAGGCCUGUGGGCUCUGGACAGAUCCAGCUGUGGCAGUUCCUGCUGGAGCUGCUGUCGGACAGCAACAACUCCAGCAUCAUCACCUGGGAGGGCACCAAUGGCGAGUUCAAGAUGACCGACCCGGACGAGGUAGCCAAGCGUUGGGGCGAGAGGAAGAGCAAGCCCAACAUGAACUACGACAAGCUGAGCCGCGCCCUGCGCUACUACUACGACAAGAACAUCAUGACCAAGGUGCACGGCAAGCGCUACGCCUACAAGUUUGACUUCCAGGGGAUCUCACAGGCCCACCAGAGCCACGGAGGGGAGGGGGGCAUUGUUAAGUAUCAGACUGAGGUGUCUUAUGCCCAGUCCUACCACAGCCACCAGCCAAAAAUGAACUUCAUGAACACACAUGCCGCCCCUAUGCCCGUGUCCCCUGGGAACUUUUUCGGACAGCCUACAAAUUACUGGAACUCAACAACCAGCCCCAUGUAUCCGGGAUCUCCCAUGCCAAGGCACCCGGGGACUCACUCCCACCUGAGCUCAUACUACUGAGGCCUGGGUGUGUUGCACUAGACUGGUUGGGCUGGCAGAGCUUUCUGAAACAGACUGAUAUCCAAGAUACCAUCCACAUUGUAUCUGGUCUGAAAUGUCUAAAUUACGUUGUUGUAACGCUAUGCGAGUUGUACAAUGGACAAUCAUGCUCAUGUCACAUCUUAAAGCAGAGGCACCAGAAGAUAGAAAAAGAGAAGAGGGUAAACAAUGUGAAGAAGCAAUGAUGACUAGUAGAGACAAAGGGAUUGCCAUGAACGUUCUGCCUUUUUGAAUUUCUCAAUUAUGGAGGUUGAGAAUUUGUUUAUAUUAUAUCCUGUGAUUCGGUUGUUUGAAAACCAAGUUUUUCAAUUAUGUAAGUAUUUUGUUUAAUAUGUGACUGAGGUCAUUGAAGGACUUAAAACCUCUUAAAUGUAAUGGCAAAAUGUAGAUUUCCGCCUAAAUAGACAUACCCAAAAGUAACUGCUAUUCAUGUGUAAUUACGUGAUUCUGACAUGCACAAACUUGGUAUAUUUGGAAAGAAGACAUCUGGGAGAUUAUGGGGAAAUUAUCAGACGAUAGAUAGGAGUUAAAUAGUUCAAAAUACACAAGAUCAAGCACACACAAAAUAACAGUUUUUAAAUUUUAUUUAUUUUGAAAGUCAUCUUUCAUUGACAAGCUAUAAGUGAAUUAUUGAUGACUAGAGCUGGAAUCACAUCAGAUGGCUUCCACAACAUGUGAGCAGUAUCAGAAAAAAAAGGGAUUGAUAGACCUAACAACUAGAAAUGGGCAGAUGUUUUGUUUUAGUAAGUGGUGUCAGGUGUGGUCACGGGACGUUUCCAAGUGUCCCUAAACCUCUCCAAAGUGGCAUAUGUCUGUAAAUUAGAUAAUCCCAGUGCUAUUACAUAUUUACAAUCACUAAAUGCCAUUUGUUCAGUACAAAAACACAAUGUCUACCAUACCAACCUCACUCAUAUAUUGUGUUGGUGUUAUGGGGUAACCAGGGUACAUUCAAGUGUCAUUUCCUCUCCAAAGUGUCAGAAUGUGGUAAUUGCACUGUUUUUGCACACUGGAUGUGCCUAAAAGUUAUUGUUCACUAUAAAAACUAAAUUUCAACAACACCAACCUCUCUCAUACAUUGUGGUGGUGUCGGGGGACAUACAGGGAAUAUGGAUGCCUACAGCGCAUAAGCAGGCAACAUUUUUGAUGCGCAACGAUAGUCACUCAGUGCACAUUAGAUGUAAAAAAAAUCAUCAGAUAACAUUUGCAAUAGGCUAGAUGUGUUCCUACCAACCUAAGGAUUCAUUUGAUACCCCCAUGUAGCUAUAGCUCAAACACAGACCAAAUUGAAGCUUACCUUGUAAGAUGUUUGCUGUUUGGUGAAAACAAUGUGUAAAAUAAACAUUUUGACUCUCGGGGCUGGUGAUCAAUAACGACAGACAAAUAACAUGUCCUCAUGAUCUGUGGAGUCCCGGCUUUCGAUGUAUAUCAAUGUAUUCAGUGUUGAUUUUGAUUAUGCUUCACAAAACUAACCGGAACGUAGGUAACAGCCAUCUUGAAAUGAGGUCAUCGGCUUGGCCUGCCCUUAUAAAUUCGUAUGCCCAUAUAUGGUAGUAAGUAAUACCGAAGAUUUGAAGGCACCGAUCAAUAACCAAGAUGAUCAGCUUUCCGCAGACACCAUGCUUUUGCAGAUAGGGGCUACCGUUCUCAUACCAGACUGAAUUGAAUAAAACAAAAAAAAUCAAAUAGGGUCCCCAAAUAUGGAGACUUUACGUUUAAGAGGUUUUAAGGGGAAAGUCACUGAGUGUGGGAAGUGGUGAAACUGUGUUGAGGUCUUUAUAUCAAUUAUUAUAUUAAUCGAUCUAACAUUUGUAAAAGUAUAAUUGUACAGAAUGUUUCAUACAAUUGUAGCAAUAAAACAUUGACCCAUGUAGUAAUGCUAAUAAAGGAACUUGUAUAUGUCA